AUGUACGAGCGUGCUGAUGCCGACCAGGCCAGCUCGGAUGCACGAGUGAUCCAGCCUGGCGUUCAACUAGCAGAGGUCGAGACCACUCGCAGGCUUUCUGAGCGGAUAUCGGGGCUAGCUCUUGACCGAGAGUUCACAGGCAGGCCUAUCGAGCUUUGCAAACUGGACCCGACUGCCAUAGGUCGCGGAACAGUACGCCAGCUGUCAACGAUCUUCGAGACGAAGUGCUGGCUAUGCGGUGGCGCGGCGCAGACACAGGCCCGCACCUACAUCGCUGGCGCAAGGCGCUUAGCGGAAAAAAUCCUCAUCGAGCAAGAUGUCGUGCCUGCGGCGCUGAAAGGGUCAGCAUGCUCGUUGACGAUGAGCGAACCGAACCUUCUCGCACUUCUUUCAGGUUGCAUACUAGCGCCUGCUCCACUGACCUGUCAAGUCAAGCAAGUCAGCGGCAGAGCUUGCCCGGUCACAAGGUUGCUAUCUACUAGCGCACACAGGCAUCACGCCUGUACCAAGUCUCUCUGGAGCUCAGGCAAGCCCUCAGUCUACAGACAGAAUCUCCCGGCAGGCACCUGUCAGACGCUGCAGCGACGCCUUUCGCCCGGUGAGAAUCUUACAAUGCGAAACACGCUGCUGAUGUCCAGAAAGGCUCGCUGCCCUCAUCUAUCAGCUCGCAUCAUCACUUUCUCCACUCUCAAGACCGGAAUCAGCUGGAGACUGGACUUGGAAUCGUUGCACCGGGCGUAUCUGACACAUUUGUAUCUGUCGAGCCAGCCUUUGACGCUGCGAUCCUCCGAGUGCUCGUACGGAAGUCCCACGCGCAGGUCGCUCGUCACUUCUUCUCCAAUGUCGACUCAGCAGAUCAUUCUUGUCACUGGUGGCACGGGACUGGUCGGCCAAGCAAUCAAAUAUGUGGUCGAACACGAACCGGUAGGAUCGCGCUUCGGCAAACAGUCAGCAGACGAGAAGUGGAUCUUUCUCAGCAGCAAAGAUGGUGACCUGAGAGACUUCGCCGCGACAAAGGCCAUCUUCGAAAAGUACAAGCCGACUCAUGUCAUUCAUCUGGCCGCGCUCGUCGGUGGCCUCUACAAGAACAUGGCCUAUAAGCUCACCUUCCUGCGCGACAAUCUGUUGAUCAACGACAAUGUGCUGCAUUGCGCGUACGAGGCCAAGGCGGCAAAAGUCGUUUCCUGUCUAUCGACCUGCGUCUUCCCGGACAAGGUGACGUAUCCUAUCGAUGAGACCAUGGUUCACAACGGCCCGCCACAUGAAAGCAAUUUCGGAUAUGCGCACGGCAAGCGCCUCGUCGACGUACAGAAUCAUGCAUACAAUGAAGAGUUUGGCUGUCGGUUCACUUCGGUCAUCCCCACCAAUAUCUUCGGACCCUAUGACAAUUAUGACCUCGAAGACAGUCAUGUCAUCCCGGGACUCGUGCACAAAUGUCUGCUUGCCAAGAAGAAUAAGACGCCUUUCGUCGUAGCGGGCACCGGCAAGCCUCUGCGACAGUUCAUCUUCUCGCGCGAUCUCGCAAAGCUCUUCGUCUGGGUUCUGCGCGAAUACGAUUCGAUUGAUCCCAUCAUCCUUUCCGUCGGGGAGGCAGAGGAAGUCUCGAUCAAGGAAGUGGCGGAUUCGAUCGUCGAGGCUGUGGACUUCAAAGGCGACUAUUCGUUUGACACCUCCCGAGCUGACGGGCAGUUCAAAAAGACGGCCAGCAACGCCAAGCUGAUGACAGCCUUGCCUGACUUCACAUUUACGCCUUUCAGACAGGCUCUCAAAGAGAGCGUGUCCUGGUUUGUUGAGAACUAUGACACGGCUAGGACGGGCAAGCAUUAG